GACUAGGAAUACGCCACUUCUGCCAAAAACAUGUCAACGCCGACCUUUAACAGGCUCCGAGCGCUGACGGCUCGCCUCUUGGCGACGUUCUCAGCACGUUCGUAAAGACCCAAGCACCACUUGCCCAUACGUAUUACGUUGCCAGCAGCCCCGGGCCAGCCUCGAAGUCACUUCACUGCAACACCAGUGUCAAUAUUUGCAGUUUAUGAUUACACGUAUUUGCUCCCAACGGUUAUUAGUCGGGGACUCAUCGCCGGGCAAUACGAUGUAGAGAGGUGGCGAGUGGCGUUGCGGAGCUGUCCCAACAGCCGUCCUCACCGAUCCAAGUUUAUCGACAAUCUUGUCUUCAAGUUAGAUUCUGGCAACGGGGCGUCCUGACCGACCUUGAUGAGGCCAUCGAGCUCCAUCGAGCUGCACUGGAGCUCCAUCCCCCCUGGCCAUUCUUAUCGAUUCGCGUCUCUCCAGGGCCUGGCUCUCAAUUUUUGUGUCAAGAUUCGAACAGCUAGUAAUGUCGAUCCUGCCAAGUCAUGGGCUACCUCUGCGGAACAGUUCCACCACGGCUCUGCCUCACUCGCCCAUCAAACUGUCCUAAGAUUCCUCGCUGCGCAUUGCCGCUCUAUCGUCCUUCUCACGCCAUUUCGAUGUGAUGAAGCGGAAUUUAUUAUCCUUUGCAAACGGAUGUGUUUUCGUGCAAUGUUUGCAAAUUGCAAUGGUUUUUUCACUACUGCUGUAGAACUGGUGGAACUAGGUCGCGGAGUAUUCUGGACCCAGUUGGAGCACGUCUGCAUACCGCUGGAUAAACUUUUCAUGUCUGGUGACGCUGGUGCAACCUUGGCAGCAGAGUUCAAGCAACUCAGCCUUCGCCUUCGCAACGCGUUCUCGGGUCUAUUGAAGAUCAACACAUCCGACAGAUGACUGUGCAAUAGGGUGAUGUCAUCUCACGCAUCCGCACGCUACCUCAUUUUCCCGUUUUCUCUUACCUUCGCUGUUGGCGUACCUCCAGCAGACGGUAGAAGAUGGUCCAGUCAUCAUCGUCAACGCAAGCAACUACAGCCGUGAUAAUUGAUGCCUUGAUCAUCACAAGUGUC